AUGGAGAGAAGAAAUGGUGAGAGUUGCGACACUAACCUCCAGGAGUCAAGCAUCACUCAGGAGAACUUAUCUCACUGGAAAUUGGAUUUGGAAGUACCUGUUCUUGAAAAUAAAAUCCUCCCACCUGGAAGGGAUAAUGCAACAGGUGGCAAAAUUAACAAGAACAGUAAACAAAGGCUAUUUCAUUUAUGGAGUUAUCCUUUUAAUGAAGGAAAUACCAUGGAAAACAGGGAAUUAGAAAACUCUUCAGUGGAAAGUGGUGCUAAAAUAACCACAAAUACCUCAAGGAUCUUCCGUCUAAGCCACUCCUUAGCAAAUGCUCUAGAUGACCACCCAGUGAUGAUACCCUUAGGUCUCUACUGGCCCUAUGCGGAUGGAGACUUUUUAAAAGCCAGAAAUGAUUCUCAUAUUAAUUCAAACUCAACUAUAGAAAGCUAUAGUGGUGAUACUUUAUCCAUCCCACGUUGGAACUUAAAAUCUGGACACAGCAGUUUGGAAGAAAAUUUAACAGAUGAAAGUGAUUUAUCGGAAGGUGAGAAGACCAGUGAUAGUUUACUUGGCUAUUUUCAAAAGAUGGAGCUGAACUUAAAGCCAGAAACAAUAGAAAACAUGGAAGACUCUUUCACUGAGGAACCAGCCGAAGCGUUUCUAUAUCCAGAUUUCCUGCCCCCUCCUUUCAAUACUCUGGACUUGCACAGACUCGCCAUCUCUAAAUGUGAAAGUUGGAAAAUGAUAGUGGAACCUCCAGAAAACCCCCUAGGGAACCUGAUAAAUCGUUUAUUGGAACUGGAAAAAUUACAACAUGCCACUAUACAAAAAGAGAGGCCACGACCACAGUCAACUUUCUAUACUCCCAUUGUUUCUGAGCGACCCUCCUCUUCCAAAGUUGUGUUGAAACUGAGACAGCCAAAACUUCCUGACCCUUCAAGUUUGCAGAUAGCUUGUAUAGAUAAAAGUCGAGAAAAGAGAAAAAACAAUUCUGGAUCUAGCAAGCCUGAACAAAAUGCUUCAAGAUGGAGCUGGAGCAAUGCUGGCAAAUACAAAUGGAAUUCUAGACCAUCAUCUUUUAAAAAUUUAUCCACCACAAAACAGUUGACUGCGACUUGUGAUGAUUUCAAGAAUCCCAAAAAUUCCAUUUUAAAUCCAUGCCAGGAACUGUCACCCAAACUUACUACUGGGCAAACAACUCAAUCAUUAAUUAAAAUGGUCUCAACAAGAUGUCUGCCACCACCGUCCCCAGGACCGAUUUCACCUAUAUCCUUGUCUUUUCCUGAAAAUCAAAGGGAAGAAAUUAAGGCACCAAGGAACAAAAAGAAACCUUACAAAAGAAGUAUACUAUUGAACAGACCAUUCUAUAUUCAGAAACUAAACUGUUUGUCACCUUCAUUUAUAGCUAAGGGUAAGCACUCUCCUAUUGCUCAAAAGUAA